AUGGCUAUGACUAUGGAUAUGGCAGCUACGACUGCUUCUAGUAUGGCAAUGGAUAUGGCUGCCACCACCGCGGCAAUGUCUGGAAUGGUAAUGCCGACCACGACAGAUAGUAUGGGAGCUACGGCGUCAAGUAUGCCUACUAUGAGUAUGGAGGGGAUGGGGGACGGAUGUAAGAUUAGUAUGCUAUGGAAUUGGAACACCAUCGAUUCAUGUUUCAUCUCCUCAUCCUGGCGCAUCACCUCCUCAGGCAUGUUCGCGGGCUCCUGCAUCGGCGUCAUCCUCCUCGUCAUGUCCCUCGAAUUCUUCCGUCGUCUCUCCCGCGAAUACGACGCCCUUAUCCUCCGUCAGUCCCAGAAAUCCCACGACUCGUCCUCCGCCAUCCCACCUGCUCUCGUCGGCUUCGAUGAUAUGACCAAAUUCCCGGACUCGUCCUCCGCUAAACGACCCUCUCUCACCGACGCUGAUGACAACGCCAAAACCCCAGUCCAGACCAUAACCUGCGCGCCCGUUAAAUUCCGUCCGAAUCUCUUCCAGCAGAUGAUUAGAGCGACGUUGCAUAUGGUACAAUUCACCAUUGCGUAUUUCGUUAUGUUGUUGGCGAUGUAUUAUAAUGGGUAUAUCAUCAUUUGUAUCAUUAUUGGGGCGUGGAUUGGGAGUUUUGUGUUUAGUUGGGAGGGGAUUAUCUUGGGUGAUGGCAAGAAGGAAGCUACUUACUGUUGUGGAUGA